GCAGCCUACUGGUUUGUUUGUGCUGCAACAAUUGGUGCCCUGUGUGAGGCUGAUUGAGUUGGACUCUGACUACAACAACUGGUGCCCAACAUAGCUGGGACAAGUGGGAGAACCUGCAACCCAUAACAGACACCACGAGAGAUGAGCUGUUACAACCAAUCGAUAUGGGUGUAUUGCAGUAUUUGUUGUCCAUCUUAACUCAAAUUGAAACUUUUGGUACCCAAUGUAGAUGGGACUAAUUGAUAUGGGUACAGAAGAAUAAAAUUCCACUUUAACAAUGCUUAUAGAUAUAUUUCAAAAAAGAAGUGUAAAGUAUAAUAAGAAGGCAACAAGAACUUUGCUAGGAUGGUGCAAAGUAAAUGAUGUGCUAGUUAUGCUGAAAAAUUUCUUCAGUGUUCAGAUGUGGCAGAAUGCUGGAAAAUUUCUUUUUGAGGCUGCCUUGAGGGGCGAUAAAAUUGCAACAACAUUGCUAACAACAUGGAGAUUAGUCUCAGACUUACUAGAACAAUUAAAUGUGGACAGGGAGACAAAUUCUAUAUUUGCAAUGCUUAUGGAUAUAUUUGAAAAAAGAGGUGUAAAAUAUGGCAAAAUGGCAAUAAGAAUUCUGCUAGUGUGGUGUAAAAAGUAUGAUUUGCCAGUUACAGUGAAAAUGGUUUUCAGCAUUCAGACAUGGCAAAGCAUUGGAAAGGUACUUUUUGAGGCAGCCUUGAGGGGAGACAAAAUUGCCACAGCUUCGUUAACAACAUGGAGAUUGAUCAUAGAUUCACUAGAACAAUCAGAUGUGGACAGAGAAAUAAACCCUAUAUUAACAAUGCUAAUAGACAUAUUUGAAAAUAAAGGCAUAAAGUAUGAGAUGGCAAUAAGAACUCUGCUAGGGUGGUAUAAAAGGAAUAAUUUGCCUCUUAUGGUAAAAGAUGUCUCCAGCAUUCAGAGAUUGCAAAGUGCUGGAUUGUUACUUUUUGGGGGCUGCCAUGAGAGGGGACAAAAUUGCUACAACGUCAUUGACAACCUGGAGAUUGGUCUUAGGUUUACUAGAACAAUCAGAAGCAGACAAGGAGACAAAGGCUGCAGUUGAAAUAGCCACAUCCCUGGUUGCAGAGAUGAUGCCCAAUAAGGUACCUUUGGCACCAUUGGAUUCUCUGCCACCACCUGAUUCACGCAGUCAAGGCUGGCAGGAGGAGCAGAAUGGUGCCAGGUCAAGUGGGCAGAGUCAGUUCCCUUUGGGGCAGCAGGGAGAUCCGGUCAUUGUCCUGUUGCCUGUCUGUGAUCCCAAGCCAUCUGUGAUAGGUUUAUCGGAGGAGACCUCAGGUCAUGUUCAACAACCAGUCCAAAUGACAGCAUCGGGACCAGAUCCUGCCAAAUUCUGGAAAAAGAUGCAGGAGCAAGCACCCACGGAAGAGGAUAUCAAUGCUGCAACUGCCAUGGGGGGCAGGGUCUUAGCUUGCCCAGUGCUUCGAAAGGAUGGCUUAUGCAGCCGACUCACAACCCAAACUUCAGGGAGCGCCAGAUUGGAUGUUACCCCAGCAGCCGCCAUCACAAUAGAGGAUGAUAAAGUACAUAAGGUCCCACUGAAUGCUGAGGGACCCAUCGGCAAUAAAAUGAGUGCACUGUUGCUUGGACGUUCUAUUGUAACAUUACAAGGUUUGUUUGUCUUACCAGGAGUCAUUGAUGCUGAUUAUAUGGGUCAGAUUCAAGCAACCGUGUGGCCCCCCAUUUCCCCUGUGUCAAUUCCUGAAGGUAGCCAGAUUGCACAAUUAAUUCCUUUCCAGGCGCAAGUUCAUUAUGCCCAUGACAAAGUCCGGGGCAAUGAAGGGUUUGGUUUGACAGGAACAUCACAAAUUUUCUGGACUCAAAGUGUACAAAAGGCUCAACCAGCUCUAACCUGUAAAAUCACCUUUGCCAAAGGGACUCCUGUAACACAGGUGACCAGAACGAUUGACAUGGGAGCAGAUGUAACUAUUAUAUCUGCGCACAUCUGGCCUUGCUCUUGGCCUGUCUGUUCUGCAGGUUCCAUAUUGGUGGGAGUGGGUGGUGUGACACAGUUUCCAAAGUCAGCGUAUGGUGCAAGCUCAAAACCCUCAGGGCCAGACGGCAACAAUCCAUCCCUAUGAAUUUGUGGGGAGGGAUGGGACUUUUUGGGACAAUGAGGAGUUAUUAUUGGUACCCAGAAUGAUUUUUAAUAGGGGCCACUGAUGGAGGGAAUACGAAGACCUACUCUGCCUUUGACUUGGAAGACAGAUACCCCUGUUUGGGUGGAACAGUGGCCCCUUCCUGAGGAAAAAUGUGUAGCCCUCCAACAAUUAGUCAAAGAACAAUUAGCACAAGGAUACCUAGAACCUUCCCAUAGUCCUUGGAAUACCCCUGUGUUUGUGAUAAAAAAGAAAUCAGGCAAAUGGUGUUUGUUACAAGAUUUAAGGAAAGUUAAUGAUGUAAUGGAGGGAAUGGUAGCCCUGCAAUCGGGCAUGCCUUCCCCAGUGAUGAUCCCGCGAAACUGGGACAUUUUGGUAAUUGAUUUAAAAGAUUACUUUUUUAGUAUUCCUUUAUAUGAAGCUGAUAAAUGUAAAUUUGCUUUUUCAAUACCUAGCAGAAACAAUAUGACUCCUUGUAAGCGAUACCAAUGGACGGUGUUGCUGCAGGGUAUGAAAAAUAGUCCUACUAUAUGUCAAUGGUAUGUAGAAAAGGCAUUGUCACCUGUACAGGAACAAUUUCCACAAGUAUAUUGUUAUCAUUAUAUGGAUGAUAUUCUUGUACCAGCUGCAAAUAAGGCUGAACUUCAGCAAUUGUAUCCAGUUUUGCAGCAGUUGUUGGCCACCUUUGAGCUAUGUAUAGCACCAGAAAAGAUUCAACAAGCCCCGUGGAAUUACUUGGGAGUUAAAGUCCUAGAUCGGAUGCUUGAGCCAUAGUCUAUCCAGCUCUGAGUAAAUGUCAGAACCCUAAAUGAUUUGCAAAAAUUAUUAGGGACCAUAAAUUGGGUAAGGCCAUACUUGGGCCUUACAACAGAACAAUUGAAACCACUCUUUGAUCUAUUAAGGGUGACACUGAUUUAAUGUCUCCCUGAUCACUAAGGAAUCCAGCUUAGCCCUAGAGAGGGUGGCUGAUGGUCUGCAACAAAAAAGGGUACACGGUGUAGACUUAGAAACUCCGAUAUUUAUGUUCAUAUGUUGCCAUUGCUAACUAUCAUCCCAUGGGAUUGUUGGGCCAAUGGAAUGAGUGCCAGCAAGAUCCGCUACAUGUCUUAGAGUGGUUAUUUUUAUCUGUACAACCACGGAAGAAAGUAAGCACUCAGAUUGAAAUAGUAUCAAAAACCAUCACCAAAGGACACACACGGUGCAUUCAGCUCUUGGGCCAAGAUCCCAAUUACUUGAUAAUUCCCACUGGAUGUGAUUAUAUAAGCUGGUGCUUGGCAAACAGUUUACCACUUCAGUUGGCUCUGGAAGGAUUCAAGGACAAAUAUCCUAUCAUCUUUCCAGUCAUAAAUUAUUAUAAACUUAUUCGGACAUAUAAAUACUUCAAAAGCUGCUGGUAGCAGAUAGCCCAGUGCAAGGCCUUACGGUCUUUACAGAUGGUUCUGGGAAAUCAGGAAAGGCAGUGGUCACUUGGCAUGAUGGGAAGCAACAGCAAGAAUUGAUGCACUUGACACAGGGAUCACCUCAAUUGGUUGAACUUAGUGCUGUCAUUGUUGCCUUUAAAACGUUUUCUCUAUGUGCUGUAAACAUUGUUACAGACUCUUUAUGUUGCAGAUGUUGCGCAACACAUUGACAGUGUGCUGCUUAAGGAGGUAAAUUCUGAAGAACUAUUUUUUUUAUUAAAAACAUUAUGGGUAAUAGUGAGUCAAUGUACACAUAGAUAUUACAUCCUGCAUGUCCGCAGUCACACUGGAUUGCCAGGAUUCAUCUGUGAAGGAAAUGCCUGUGUUGAUGCUUUUGCAGCUCCUGCUUGGACUCCUCCAGUGCUGUAUCUGAUAUAACAGGCCCUCAUGUCUCAUCAAUUUUAUCUUUGGGGGCUCAGGCACCGGUCCAUCAAUUUAAAAUAUCUUCUGUGGAUGCAAAAUCCAUCAUCGCCACUUGUCCAGAGUGUCAGCAAUUGGGUCCUGGACUAACAUUUCCACGAGGGGUCAAUCCAUGUGGAUAUCCGUCCUUGGAUCUGUGGCAAAAUGAUGUCACAUAUGUGCCUUCUUUCGGUCAUUUACAGUAUGUUCAUGUCUCCGUUGAUACCUUCUCAAAAGUUGUAUGGGCAUCGGCCCACACUGGGGAGAAGGCUCUGGAUGCCAUUUUACAUCUUCGACAGGAUUGGGCUGCUCUGGGGGUUCCGAAGCAUCUCAAGACAGACAAUGGACCGGCACAUUCAUCUGCACACAUGGCCAAGUUCCUUGCCUCUUGGGGGGUGGAACAUGUUACUGGCAACCCGCAUUCCCCAACUGGCCAAGCCACUGUGGAAUGUUUUCAUCAUACUUUAAAGCUACUUCUUGAAAAACAAAAAGGGGGAAUGGGUUCUGAGACUCCGCAUGCUUGUCUAUGGAAAGCUGUGUAUACAUUGAAUUAUUUGACUGUGCCGGCUGGGAAAGAAUAUCCUGUGAUUAUCUCACGUUUCUUGUCUUUGCAGGGAGGUGAUCCUCCUAUCUGAGCAAAGGUUUUAAUGCGAGAUCUACAAACGGGAAAAUGGACAGGCCUGUGGGAUUUAAUUACCUGGGGAUGAGGGUAUGCUUGUGUCUCCACAGGUGCAGGGCCGUGGUGGCUUCCAGCUAGGUGUGUUAAGCCUGUUUUAGAUCCUAGAAUUGACAAGAGGACAUGAGAUACCGGCUGUUCCACAGAACCCUUGAGAGGGGAGUCAGAAUAUCUGGGUGACCCUGAUGCGGAGGCUGAAUCAGAUGUAGCUUUGUGCCUUUUUAACUCAACCUGAACAGCCUUUCCACAUAUCCUGCCAAGGGCCCUACAAUAGAUGAUAAACAUGGCCCUUUUGGUUAAAAACAAAAAGGGGGAAUUGUAGAGGAAUGAAGGCAGUGGGUUGAUUAGCAUUGAUAACAUGCAGCUGUGGCCUUGCCUCAGCGGCACUGGGUUGAUUGACAUGGAUGAUGUGCAGGUGUAGCUCAUUCCCUCUAAGUGGUUAACUAGCACUGAGGAUUGUGGGAGAGGGGGUUGGAUGGAGGAGGACAGAGAAACAGCACAGACAGUAGAACCUGACUAACAGUAAAGCCUUGUUGUAGCCUACUGGUUUGCUUGUGCUGCAACAGAAGAUCAAGCAUCUCUCAGGGAUAAUUUGUCCCACUCAUUGUAGACACCUAUUUUAGUAUCUGGGGAUGUUUCUCUCCAUUCCAUGCAGAACAGACCUAGACAACAAGAUGCCUGCUGGUGGAUGAAAUUCAUUAAAUGCAUAUUUGUUGUAUUGGCAGUUUGUGACCUACAUGUUAUACGAAGUGAGACAUAUUCUACCUCUGCUGCAACCAGAGGCAUAAUGCUAAUCACCUUAGUGGUGUGAGUCAGGGAAACUACCACAUGACAUAGAAUCAUGCCUUCUAAAAUUCAAAGUCCACUGAUUUUUUUUUUUCCCCAACAUUGCAUUUAUAGAACCCCUUUCAGCUUUGCCAAUUAUUUAAAACACCUAAAAUAUUUUUUCACUUGCUUAUGAAGCAGAUCCAUCUCCAGCCACACCAAGGCAGACAUACAGGUUUUAAGCUACUCCUCAGUUUACGUGUCCAAGUUUGCUGGACAACAGAGACAGCCUGGAAUAACUUGGCUGUGUCUCUUAUAUUCUCAUUAGAAAACUGCAGCUGUAAAUUUUAUUCUGAUAAUUUGUGCUUAGGAAAUAAGAGUAAGAAGAAGCACUAGAAACUUAUGUUGCAGCACAAGUUCCUCUGCAAAUGAAACUGGAAAAUGUCAUUUCCAUUUUUUGGACAACUGCAGUUAGGUAAUUAUGCUAUUUAGGGCAUUAGAUACUGGGAAGCAAGAAAUGUUCAAUUUUGCCUUCUUACGCUUCUUAGAAGAGAUGAGAGACAAGACAGGCUGCUAUCUUCCUCUUAUGAGAUGACAAGGCUGACAUAUGAUCUCUUUAAAAAAAUGGUGAAAUUCCUGUUUUCACUGGAGUCAGGAAUUUGCUUCAGAACUACUGUUCUGAUUUCAGGCACAAACCUCUACUGCCAAAGUCUAGUGUUUGGAGAACAGCCGUUAGUUUCUGACAGCUGUGAAGAGAGAUGGUUAGGGAAGACGCUACGAACUUUCACUGACAGGUAGUUUACUUGGGAAGCUUUACAGAGAGAAGGAAAUGACAAAGUGCUUUACAGUGAUAAAUACACUGAACCAUAUCAUAAUUACUAGGGCCAGUACUAAUGCCCAGCUGCACUGCAGGCUUCAGCUUGGAAUUCAGCUGCCACCCCAGUGGCCCUGCAACUGUCCAGUGCUCCCUUCUGCCAGGCUGGCUGGCAGUGCAGAGGAAGCAGCCUUGGUGCAUGCCAGGAGAGCUGAGACUGAAAAAGCACCAGUAAGAAUCUGUAAUUUACAGCUGUACCUAUUUUUUAAGGGAUAGUGUUGCAUUUGCUUUAAUUAAACUGCACAGAAAUCACAAUGCCCGUUUCCAAUUUUUGGACUGAGAGUACAGGGAAGGUGGGAGGUAGUUUGAAGGCACAGGUGCAUCAGAUGCACUGAUUUUCCUUUGAAUAUAUUUUACUCAAAAUCUCUGCUCUUCCAUAUUAUUUCUUGCAUUGUCUCUUUAUCUGAAACAGAUGACUCAAUCCCAACUUAAUAUUAAAUAUCUUCUGGGAAAAAUUCUUAGCAGCUGCCUCGCAUGCAUGCUUCUUUUCCUCCCUGGUAUUAGACAGCAUAAGAACUUAUAAAAGUUUAAAAGAAAAAGGAAAUAUUAAGAUUAAAAUAAUGUUUAAUUAGUGGCUAUAAUACUCAUCAUCUUUCAUGUACACAACAUAAAGCAAUUCAUAAGAAUGAUUAUUGUUAUCCCCAUCUUACAGAGAAAGGAGGUGAAUUAAAUUAUCUGCCUAAUGACACACUUAGUGUUAGAUUCCAGAUCUGGCUCCCAGUUCUGCGCUAUACCAACUAGGUCACAUUUAGCAGUGUACAGUUUUUAAAAAUUCUAUGUUCACCAGUAUCUGGAAUCUCAACCUUUCACACCCCAUUUUU